CUCCGCGGUCCACGAGGUGUCCAUUCACGCACUCGGCGGGUCCGCUGCCCAACCAUGACCGCUGCUGAAUUCUGGACUCUGUCGAUCGGUUUCCAUAAACGUAUAAGUAUUAUUAUUAGCCACGUUUAAACAUGUUGUCAGUUUAGUUUGUUUUCGGUUCGACUGUUGUAAUAAUUUUUAUUUGUUCGUUUAUCCGUAUUUCUUAUAUAAAAAUAAUCUUAAUAAACAAAUUUAUUAAAGUUUAAUACACGAGUAUUUGCCCGUUGAUUACGCUACGAGUGUUAGUAAACAACAAAGAAUAAGCAGAAAAACAUAUUAUAUAUUUAAAAGUAUAGAUACCUACCCAGCGCGUGCGCACGUGACGCUAUGAUUGUGAAUGUAUCCAAACUUCAGCAAAUAAUGAGCUUUGUGGUACUGGCCGCAGUGAUAGUGGCUGGCGUGCAAUGUUCCAAUCACGAGGCAGAAAAACGGGUCAUGCACAACAACAAUGACAGUCCUAUGCGGAUAAAAGCACAGUCCCGGAUAUCCAUGACAAAGGGUGGAUACGGUGCUCGGGUACAGAUCCGCGAAGAUCUACAAGGAAGGAAGCAUGCUCACGCAAUGGCUAUCUGUGAUUGUAAUGGACAGGGUCCGUGGAGACCGCUGUUCAAACCAUCGCAAAUCCUCAAGACCGAAUUUCCUGAACAUGAAUCGUUCCACGAAGAAGUGGACACCCACUACCGGAACAUGGUAGGUGACCACGUGGACAACCACCUGCGGUUGCCGCCGACACCGUCGUCCGAACAUCUAUCCACUGGACCAGACAGCGGUGGCGGGUUCAGUGGUGGCGGCAUUAGCUACAAUGGCGGUGGUUAUGUUGGAGGUGUGAGUGGUGGCAGUGCUGGUAGUGCUGGUGGUGCUGGUGCAGGACUUGGCAAGAAGCACAACCACAUGAUCCACUUACAUCUAAUACCGCACAUUUACGUACCGAUCAUGCAUUCAGCUGGGUUCUCCGAGGCCAAAAACUAUCAAGCGACCAUUGAGGACGGAUCUUCACUAUCGUCGCCUGUCCAGAACUCGGUGGAUACGUCGUCAGAGUUUCACAGCGGUGAUGUUGCUGCUACUGGCGGGUCUGGCCAAUCUGGCACUUCCAAUUCUGGCGGUACCGGUGAAAAUCCCGCAUCUGACACUACAGGUCCGGCCGGUGACCAUGAUCACGGUAACUUUAACGGACACUCGGGGGAGACGUCGUACUAUACGAUAUCCGAUGACACAGUUCAACACCUACACCACGACUUACACGAUCAUUACGGCAAUGGGAUCGAAAACAAUCACAAUCACGACUACGAAGCUCCGCCUAACUCGGUACCAGAAGAACCACAUCAGUACCAGGUACACGAGACCGACGACCUUUCCAAGGACUACAGCAACAAGAAUCACGUGACGAGCGUGUCGUCGACGGCGGCGAUCAAACCGGCGGCGCACCACAACCAUCAUUACCAGCCACCGCAGAACAAGCACAGGAACCCCGGGGCCAAACCGAACAGGACCAAGCACGGGCGCAAGUUGUCCAGCCGACAGGACCUGAAGAACCUGCUGGUGAUGCGACCGCCACCAGUCGGACAGACGCAGACGUGGAGGUACGUGUACCGGCCGGCGGUGGCCGGACAUCACCAGCAGUAUUACCAGGGCAAGCAGCUUCCGCUUCCGGUGAUCAAGACCAGGACGGUGCCACUCAUCUUGCACAUCCGGCAGAGGUCGGACGACGAUUGAUACGUUUUUGUACGUAGUCCGCUCUCGCAGCUAUUAUCAUCAUUUUUUGUCAAUGACUUAAUGCACGAUGUGUACUAUAUACAUCUUGUAUUGUCACAUUGUAAUUUUAAAAAAACAAUGAUAAAAAACUGUUUUCAAUGAUUGGCGGCAUCGACGCAACGAUAGCUCGAGCGUGUUUUUGUAAAUUACCUAUAUGAUAUUUUUUGUUAUCAUUAUUGUAAGACUUCUUUCGUAUUUGCAUACAGUUUUAUUAUUAUUAUUAUUAUUUGUAUUAUUACUAUUAUUAUUAUUAUUAUUAUUAUUAUUAUUAAAAGUCGAUACGCUAAUGAAAAUAAACACUUAAACCUAUUGCAACAAGCACGAUAAUAACAUAGGUAUAUUAUAUCUAAUAAUUACAGUUUCAUAGAAAUAGUGAAUUAGUUUUGGUUUUUGUAUCGUAAAUACACACCCGAAAUAUACCACGUAUAAUAUUAUGUAACAUUUUAUUUAUUCGAAUAGUACGUUAAAAUACAUUAUUAUUAUGCUUUUACAUAAUUUCAUUAAAAUUCGCUAUAAACAGUCGGUUUACAUCUAUUUUUCGAAAAAAAAACUUAAAAUUACAUUGUGUUGUAAUAGUAAAAUUGACUAAUUACGUUUCAGAAACUGGUCCGAUAAAUCACAUAUUAAACGAAAAUAUUUAACUAAAAAUAGGUGAGUACCUAUACCUUCACAAAAACAAGACAAGAAGUAAAAUCUGCAGCAAUUUCUAUGUUCUAUUAUAAAUAUUCAACGAUGUUAUAAUGUUUGAUUAUUUAAUCAUAUAACGUAUGUCGUACAAGUCUACUUGAGACAAUUUUACUGACAAGUUAUAACUGUUUAUAACUUUUCAAGCACAUAUUUAAAUAUUUUAAGUUAUUCCUUGGAUGAGUUUAUAUAAAAAUUCAUCCUAAUCUGUGUCUUAUUGAUCUUAGUUGCUUCGAUGUAACUUUACUUAUCAUGGUUGUGAUAAAUAUUAAUUAUUCUACAUUGUUAUAACUUAUAUAAUUAUUUUUCAUUAAUAUAACAUAAUUGUGUAUAAUGUUCGGGCUUGUAAUUAUUUUAGUCUAUUUUAUUAUAUACUUAUAUAUUGGCCAUAGAGUUAAGCUCAAUUGUAAAACUAUUUUCCCUAAUUAAUAUACAGAUAUUUUGAAAAAAAAAAUUGUCUCUGUCGAUAAUAAUAUCUUGACUUUCUUACAAAAUGAUAAUUUAUAGCUGCGGGGAAACAUAAACGCUAAUACGAGAUAAGCAAAAAAUAAAUCGUAUGGUAUAAAAAUGCCAAAAUCCCAAGUACCUGAAAAAUUGAUUAUCUUAUCAUGAAAGAGCGUCAGAGUUAUUGUGAUAUAAGUUAUGUAACAUUAUAUUGUUGGUAUGUACUUAGUAAGUAUUCGAAUCUCACUUUCAGAAAAUUAAUUUUACUAUUAUUUCUACUAACUAAUGUUGCUCAUUGCUUAGUUCAUAUUAUUAUUAUAAAUUAUAAAGUAAAAACAUAUUUAUUUAUGAAUUCUCGAGUAUUUUUCGCCCUUAAAUGUUGAAUUAAGUAUACGUGAGGGCAUACAUUUACAACAUGGAAGAAAUAAGUAGAAUAGAAUAUCUGAUAAAUGUGGGAUUAAAUAUUCAACGCAUGUUUACAACUCUAAAUAGUAAAUUUGUAACAUUACAAAUAUUAUUAUGUUAAUUUAUUUUUCAUAAUAUUAUGUUACGUCCUAUAUAUUAUUAUUUUAUCACCAUGAUUUAAAUUUUACUUAAUAUUGAUUAUUGUUGAUUUUAAAUAUUUUAAAUAUAGUUACAAAAUCAACCAUAAUAUUAUUAAUAUUGGUACAAAUUAUAUUAAUUUUUUUUUUGUUUUGGCGCUUUUGAAAUAAAUUGCGUAUAGUUUUUUUAUUGGCGAUUAUGUCUUACUGAUUUUAACGCAAAUUAUGUUUCAUUUUUACACCUUUAGCGCUCAUGUCGUGUAGCCAUUUGUAAUACCCAAUAAAUAAUUUGAUUUACAAGAAGGUGAUAUAAUAAUAUCUCUAUAUAUUGUUAGCU